AAUGACAGCAAGGCAGAACUUGUUAGUGCUCUUGCAGUGAGACAGGUGGUGUGGUUUACAGUCAAGUUAUAGGUACAUCAAUCUGCAGCAACUUUAACUCUUCAUAAAAUUGCCUAAACCGGGCACCAGUGGAUUGUCUGAAACUCUACCAGCUUUGAAAUUGGGGAUAAACUUAGAAAAUUGAGGAAAGUUAAAAGCUAAAAGCAGUAGAAGGAAGCAAUAUGAGACCCAGGAUUCGGCCUACUGCAUUUUACAUUAUAUUUACUCUAUGUGUUGUCUUAGCUGUGAAUUCUGCUGAUUCAACAGGUCAAAAGGUUUCUGCCAUUUCCAAUUCACUUAGCAAUGAGGGUAAUUCUUCUGGAGAUCUUAAUAAAACUGGCUCUUCUAAUAAUCUCUUUGCAACUGGAUCCAGUCAGACAGAGGCUGUGUCACUUUCCACAUUGAAACAGAACCCAACAAGUAGCAACAUGAACUCCUUAGCCCCUGAGACUACUGUUGCCACAUCAACCAAUUCAAUGAAGCCUUCUGUGCCUGAUAGUUCUCAGUCUCCUUUGACACAAAAAACAACAGUUCAAACAACACUACCCCAUGUCUCAGGUCACUACAUGCCUGAGUCCUCCGUAACUUCAACACUUGGUUUAAGAGCUACAGAAAGCCAAAUUAGUUCAACACGUCAAGUUUCAACAUCAAUAUCAACACCUAUACUGAAGCCUACGCAGACAGAAUCCACUGGAACAAGUAGGCAACCAACUAUCACUGACGUCACCCAACCUUAUACAGGCUCAUUGUAUUCAAUCCUAACAACUGGAACGUCAGGCACAGGAUUGCAUCUCAGAAAACAAGAAAUAAUUCUGACCAUCUGCUUGAGCACCAUUCUUGGAGUUGUCAUUCUAACCAUUAUUAUGUAUAAUGUUACCAAAUGUAAACGAAGGAGAGCACAGUAUUCACAUCGCCCUCUCUAUGCCAGUUCAUAUGAGGAGCCAGGAGGAAGUUACAAUAUUCCAGAUGACACAUUGGUAAUUUCAGGAGGUCUUUAUGAUGAAUCACGUGUUUAUAAUCCCAACAUGACCGUUCUUGAAGAAGAUGAUGAGCUUCACAGUGAAUAUCCUGCAUUUACUUCCAAGUACAGCCAAUUCAGACUGGAAUUUUUACCAGAGGAAAGGGAGCUCACAAGUCAAGGAUCUUCCUUUAGUACAUUUCAAGCACAAUCAUAGCCUUAUUAUAAUCUGCUAUGCAAAUUCUGAGUUGCCCAUGUUUCACAAAUAGGCUUUCAUCAAUAAUAAAACAAAUGAACAAUAGUAGAUUUUUGUACUUUGACCCUAAGCCUCCAUAACUGAAUUUCCAAACUGAGCAUCUAUUCUGCUGUGUAUGCACCUCUGUAUCUGUACCCCAGAUUCCAAAAGAUACCCUGGAACACUUGGAAUAAAUGUCCAAAUCAAUUUGCAAAAAGAAAAUUCAGUUGUCAAAAUGGAAAAUAGUCUUAUUUUCCUGAAUUUUGAAAAAAGGCUAAAAAUGUAGAACAGUAUUUUCUUCUCAAUCUGUGCACUUAAUUUAUUUAGAGCAAUGUUCCCAGGAAAAUAAUUUUCUAAUGAGCAUAAAUCAGGUAUGCACAGUCCUAAUUUAUAUCAAGGUACAAAUAUAGUUAUUUCUGAUAUGACAGCAUGGAAAUCAAAAAUCAGCCUGUUUGAAAACUAUCAGUCACUUAAAUGCACAAAUAUUUGUCCUCAGUGCAUACUUUCAUUUGUUAAAAAAACAAGUCUGAUCACUGAGCUGUCCUCAAGUACCUUUUUGUGAAUACAUCCUAAAACAAGCCUUUUGGGAAUUGUCAUCUGAGAGCUUGCAGCAUCUAUCCAUACCAACCUGUUCCCUCCACCAGCUACACGAUAGCUCUCUAGCAGUUUUGAUCAUGGUGGACAGAGAAGGAAGAAUAGCAAAUUUAACUUGGGGAAAUGCAUUAUUUGCACAGUGGAAACAGUGAAUAUUCAGCUUUCAACAACAAAACAACUUAAUAAAACAUCUCAAGCACUUUGCAGGAGCAUUAUAAAACAAAGUAUGACAUCAAGCCACAUGGGAGAUAUUGGAUCGGAUGGCCAAAAGUUUGGUCAGAGGGAAGUGAGGCUCAGGGAGGGUAGUUCAGAGCUUGGGACCCAGGUAACUCAUUUUUAAAUUCAGAGGACAUUUUUAAGAGUCGGUUUGGAUUCACAUGUAGGCCAGACCAGGUAAGGACAGCAGAUUUCCUUCCCUAAAGGAUGUGAACCAGAUUGGUUUUUACAACAAUUGACAAUGGUUUCAUGGUCAUCAUCAGACUUUUAAUUCCAGAUUUUUAUUGAAUUCAAAUUUCACCAUCUGCUGUGUUGAGAUUCAAACCCAGAUCCCUGGAGCAUUACCCUGGGAUUCUAAAAUAUUACUUUAGCGACAAUACCACUAUACCACUGUCUGCCCUUAAGUGAAGGCUUAGUAGAGCGAUGGUGGACUGAUUAAAAUUGAGGAUGACCAAGAGGCAGAAAAUAUCCCAGAGGAUUGUGGGGCUGGAUGAACAGAUGAACUAUUUUAAAAUUAGGGUUAACUGAUUCUCAAACUUUAAGCAGAUUCAUUCCCGUUAACAAUUCACAUUAAAUACAUUUCUUAUUGAUCUGUUUAAAAAUAGACUUAACAGGUACAAUGCCUUGACUUUCAGUGAUACAGGAAUAUGGCCCGUUCCACGGGUAACUAUUUUGCAAUAUUUAUUAUGGAAGGGCUGUAAUUGGUGGUUAUAUCUUUCAGCACAAUGUUUAAACAUAUCUCUGAGUCUGAAACCUGAUUACAAUCUAUUUUAGAGUUGUAUAGAUUUAUUUUUUAUAAAUAGUUUUAUAUCCUGGCAUGUUUAUCAGUGGAUUUCUCCUGAGUACUUAUUAAAGUUAAACCUUUUCCCAAA